GAGGUGGGCGGGGCCUGAGGUCCUAGUCCGGGGUGUGAUUGGAGAAAAGGGGCCGUGCUGGGGGCCUCCGGGGUGGGCAGGUGGAGCUUCGGGGCCCCUUCUUCGGGGCCACUAGGAGGCCCCUCCUAGAGAGGGCUGGCUGAAAACAGGAACUGAAACCAGCCAUCGCGCCACCUUCUUCCCUUGCCAGUCAAUCUCUUUCUUCCUUUUUGAGCCGAGAUCUCCCUGCCUCCUUCUCUGAGCUGAGAUCUCUCUGCCUCCGUCUCUCUGAGCCGAGAUCUCCCUGCCUCCUUCUCUGAGCUGAGAUCUCUCUGCCUCCGUCUCUCUGAGCCGAGAUCUCCCUGCCUCCUUCUCUGAGCUGAGAUCUCUCUGCCUCCGUCUCUCUGAGCCGAGAUCUCUGUGAGCCGAGAUCUCUCUGCCUCCGUCUCUGAGCCGAGAUCUCUCUGAGCCGAGAUCUCCCUGCCUCCUUCUCUGAGCUGAGAUCUCUCUGCCUCCGUCUCUCUGAGCCGAGAUCUCUCUGAGCCGAGAUCUCUCUGCCUCCGUCUCUGAGCCGAGAUCUCUCUGUCUCUGUCUCUCUGAGCCGAGAUCUCUCUGCCUUCUGAACAGCUGCUCUGCACGGACAGUCCCAGGUCAGCAUCCAGCCUGGGCACAGAAGGCUGAGACUCCAUCCUCCCUCUCUGAGGUCCUUCUCCCUCCUCAGGCCAGCUGGCAGAGGAUCCAAGCCCGGAACCAGAGACAUGGCCCCCGGCAGCCGGAGCCCCUCGUCCCAGGUGUUGGUGACAUUCAAGGAUAUAGUGGUAGACUUCACUGAAGAGGAAUGGGGGCUCUUGAACCAUUCUCAGAAGGAGCUCUACAAGGAGGUUAUGUUGGAUAAUGUCCAGAAUUUGCUGUCUCUGGUUGUAGAGACCAGGAUUGAAGUAAAUGAGAUGAGUAGAAAGCUGCGGAUUUUGAUGGAAGAAAGUAACGUACAAAGAUUCUUGAGUGAUCCUUUCUCUGACUUCACUUUGAGUGAAAUCCAUGAAUCUAAUAUCAAAGUUGAUCAAAGUUUAAUCAAAGUUAAAAAUCCAAAGAGUGACUUUGAAUUGGAUGAAACUGGAAAGAGAUUCAGACAACCUUCAUUCCUAAAUCACUGUCUUCUUGAUUGUGACUAUAGGAAAUAUUUUACUGAACUGAUAAAGGAUUUUCAGUCCCUGGAGAACCCUCCUGAAAUGCAACUAUAUCCAGAUAAUCAAUCAGAAAUGGCCUUCAGCAAGAGUUCAGACCUCAUUAGAUAUCAGAAAAGUGAUACUGGAGAAAUAUUUUGUGUAGGUAAAGAAGCUGGGAAGGCCUUGAAUAAGAACUCUAAGCUCACUACUCAUCAGCAAAUUCACACUAGAAAGCAACCUGAUAAAUACAAUGAAUUUGAAGCAAUCUCAUCUCAUUAUUCAUCUGUGGUUGACCCUCCUAAAUUUGAUCUUGAAUUUGGUGAGUGUGAGAAAGCCUUUGGUUUGAACUCAGAUGUUGAUAGACUUCAGAAGAUGCAUACUGGAGAGUUUUAUAAAUGUAAUGAAUGUGGGAAGAGUUUCUAUUACAAAUCACUCCUUUUUUGCCAUCAAAGAAUCCACACCAAACAGAAACCAUUUGAAUAUAAUCAGUGUGGAAAGACUUACACAAAGAGGUUUAGUCUUGCUGAACAUCAGAGAAUCCACACUGGAGAGAAACAGUUAGAUUUUAAUCAACCUGGGAAGGCUGUGACCAAGAGCUCCAAUCCUGUUCAGCAUCAGACAAUCCACAAUGGAGAUAAACCUUUUGAUUGUAAAGAAUGUGGAAAGGCUUUCACCAAGAGGUCCCUUCUAGCUACACAUCAGAGAAUCCACACUGGAGAGAAACCUUUUGUUUGUAAUCAGUGUGGAAAAGCUUUCACACAGAGGGGCAGUCUUACUGAACAUCAGAGAAUCCACACUGGAGAGAAACCUUUUAAAUGUAAUCAAUGUGGAAAGGCUUUCAGAUAUAGCUCCCAUCUUGCUGAACAUCAAAGAAUGCACACUGGAGAGAAACCUUUUGAUUGUAAUCAGUGUGGAAAAGCCUUUACAACGAGAUCCUGUCUUGUUAAACAUCAGAGAAUCCACACUGGAGAGAAACCUUUUGAUUGUAAUCAGUGUGGAAAAGCUUUCACACAGAAAGACAGUCUUGCUGAACAUCAAAGAAUCCAUACUGGAGAGAAACCUUUUGAUUGUAAUCAGUGUGGAAAGACUUUCACCAAAAGGUGCCGUCUUGCCGAACAUCUGAGAAUCCACACUGGUGAAAAACCUUUUGAUUGCAAUCACUGUGGAAAAGCUUUCACAAUGAGGUCAAGUCUUGCUACCCAUCAGAGAAUCCAUACUGGAGAGAAGCCUUUUGAUUGUAAACAUUGUGGAAAGGUUUUCACAAAGAGCUCCUAUCUUGCUCAGCAUCAGAGAAUUCACACUGGAGAAAAGCCUUAUGGAUGUAAUCAGUGUGGAAAGGCCUUUACACAAAGAUCUAGUCUUGCUAAACAUCAGAGAAUUCACUCUGGAGAGAAACCUUAUAAAUGUAAUCAAUGUGGAAAGACAUUCACAAAGAGCUCUAGUCUAGCUGUACAUCAGAAAAUCCAUACUGGAGAGCAACAUUUUGAUUGUAAUCAAUGUGGAAAGACUUUCACACGAAGGUGCCAUCUUGCUAGACAUCAGAUAAUCCACAUGGGGGAGAAACAUUUUGAUUGUAAUCAGUGUGGAAAGGCUUUCACAAAAAAGUGCCAUCUUGCUAAACAUCAACGAUUGCACAGUAGGGCUAAUAUAACAAAAAUGACAAUUUUGCCUAAACUAAUUUCUAUAUUCAAUGUCUUCUCUAAUGACCAAAAGUUUGUUUUGAUGAAUUAGGGGGAAAAACAAUAACUAUUCAUUUAGAAGUUCAAAAAGCCAAGAAUAACAUUAAAAAAAAAACCAUGAAGGGGGUUUGGCAGUAUCAGACCUUAAAAUUUAUUAUAAAGCAGUAAUUGUCAGAAUUAUGUGAUACUAGAUAAGAAAUGGAAAGGUAAAUCAUUGGAACAGGAGAGAAACAAUUUGUAGCAGCAAAUUACCAUAGUAAUCUGAUAUUUUAUAAGUGUAAAGGCCAGAGUUUGGGGAAUAAGAAAUCGUUAUUGAUGAAUAUUGUUGGGAAAACUAGAAAACAGUCUGGCAGAAUUGGCAAAGGUCAGUAUCUUAGACCAUUCACCAAGAUAAGGUCAAAACAAAUACAUCAUCUAGAUCUAAAGAGAGACAUUAUAGAAAAAAAAUUGGUGAACAUAGAAAAUUCUCAGGUUUGUGAUAGGUGAAGAAUUUAUGAAUAAACAAGAGUGUGAGAUAUAAAAUGGACAAUAUAACUUACAUUAAAUUAAAGAGUUUGUGCAAAUAAAGAAAUUUAGGCAAAAUCAGAAGGAUCUCAGAAAACAGGAGGAAAAACUCAUAUAGGCAGUUUCCUCCAAUACAGAUUUCAUGUCUUAAAUAUAUAAAAACCCUUGCAAAAUCUGUUACAAUACUAGUCAUUCCUCAAUUGAUGAAUGGUUAAAGGAUAUCCAUGGGCAGCUUUCUAAUGGAAAAAAAAUCCAAAUUAUAGUCAUCUGAAGAAAUGCUCUAAAUCAGGAGUGGGGAACAUUUAUUUUUUUGCCAAGAGCCAUUUAGAUAUGUAUAAUAAAAUUAGUGAGCUAUACAAAAUUAUCAGCUGAAAGAAUUCAAGCAGUGGGAGGUUAUUGUACCUAGUUUUCAGCUUACCUCAUGUAUGGAUUCCUUCGGAAAUGAUUUCAUGGGUCUUAUACUACCCAUUCCUCAGCCCAGAUAUUCCCCAGCACUACUUUAAACCAAUAUGAGAAAUGCAAAUUAAAGCAACCUUGAGAUACCAUUUUAUACCCAUCAGAUCGGCUAAAACAAUUGAAGAAGAAAGUGACAGUUGUUGGAGGGGAUAUGGAAAAAUUGGGUCACUAAUUCAUUUUUGGUAGAAUUGUGAAUUGUUUCAACCAUUUUGGAGAGCAAUCUGGAAGAAUGCUCAAAGAGUUACUAAAUUGUCUAUGCCCUUUGAUCAAACAAUUCUGUUAUUUGAUCUAUUUCCCAAGAUGAUUAGGAAAAAGAAAAAGAAUUUUCUAAAUUCUUGCUAAAUAAAUAGCAGCGCUCUUUGUGCUGGCAAAAGAUUGGAAAUUACAAGGAUGCCCAUCAAUUGAGGAAUGGCUAAACAAGUUGUGAUGUAUAAUUGGGAUGGAAUACUACUCUGCUAUAAAAAAUGAUGAACCUGAUUAUCUUUUUUAAAUGGAUUAAUUUUUUUAAAAGAAUAUAUGUAUAUGUAUGUAUAAAUAUGUACAGGGUCCUUUGGCAAUAAAACUGGUUAUGACAUGA